AUGGCCACCGGAUUCGGGCCCUGGCGGCGGCGAUAUACAAGAUCGCACCUGCCAGAGACCCCGGGCGGGCUGUCCGACGAGGCCGAGGAAAUGCUCACUAGGUGUUUGACGAAGGACCCGAGAGAGAGGUGGACGGCGGCUCAGCUCCUCCAGCACCCAUUCGUUGAUUCCGUUGAGGAGGAGGAGGAGGAGGAGAUUGUGUGUCUUGAAAUUAGGGAGUUGACAAGAAAAUAUCUAGUGGAUGGAUCAAGGGAUUUGGGAUUCUCUGGAGGACUCCAAUUUUCUGAACUCCGGCUGAAAUCGAAUCGUAUUCGAAUUAUCCCCGACGGACCGGGUUCGGGCUUUGGUCGGAGAGAUGAUCAGGUCUCUGUUCUUUCUUUCGAAGCGAGCCAUUGGAAAGGAAUUGAUGCACCGAAUCUGCUCUUGCAACCUUCCUCGGACUCUGUUCUUCCCCUUCUUUCUAUGACCGCAACAGCUUUCUGA